CAUUUUAGUGUAAAUUUUUGGCAUUUUAUUCAUGAUUUGUAAUUUUUAUCAAUUUUUGUGGGUAUGCUGUUUAUAUUUUCGUAUUUUCUGAUAUUAUUUUUUAAGAAAUAGUAAUGAAGAUUGGUUCUAUUAGGUUGUUUAUUAUUAAUUGGCCGUUAUUAAAGUUACAUUAUAACACUCUUUAAACCAAUCCUGGUGUAUAAGAAAAGACCCAGCCCAACUCUAAAAUAGGUUAUAAAUAUUGUGUUUAAAGUGUUUUAAUUUAGUAUCUACACUCGGGAAGAAAUAUAAAAUAUGUCUUCUGGACGCCCCAUAAAAUGCGUUGUGGUCGGAGAUGGUACAGUGGGAAAAACCUGCAUGCUGAUUUCAUAUACAACGGACAGCUUUCCUGGAGAAUAUGUCCCUACAGUAUUUGAUAAUUAUUCUGCUCCAAUGGUAGUUGAUGGAAUAUCGGUUAGUUUAGGCUUAUGGGAUACAGCAGGACAAGAAGAUUAUGAUAGACUUAGACCAUUAUCAUAUCCACAAACCGAUGUUUUUCUAAUAUGUUUUAGUGUAGCAUCUCCUUCUUCUUUUGAAAAUGUUACUUCAAAAUGGUAUCCUGAAAUUAAGCAUCAUUGUCCAGAUGCACCAAUGAUUCUAGUAGGCACCAAAAUAGAUUUAAGGGAUGAUAGAGAAACACUUAAUAAUUUAGCAGAUCAAGGACUGAGUCCAAUUAAGAGAGAGCAAGGACAAAAACUGGCUAACAAAAUAAGAGCUGUGAAAUAUAUGGAAUGUUCAGCAUUGACUCAAAGAGGACUGAAGCAGGUUUUUGACGAAGCAGUUCGGGCAGUACUACGACCUGAACCACAGAAAAGACGUCAGCGCAAGUGCAUUAUUAUGUAAAUUUUUCUAUUAGAUUUUUUAAAUUAUUUCAAAUUUAUUUUAAACAAACCAAAACUUGAUAUUAGGUAGAAGUUUUUAAUUUACAUCGAAUCUCUAAAUUUAAUUUUUCUGGUUUUUGUAAAACACAAGAGGUUCUUGCACUAACAAUUAUAAAUAAGGGUACUUUUUUCUGUUUUCAUGCAGCAGGUUUUCAUACUUCAUACUUAAUACAAAAGAGUAUAUAAUAUGUCCGUCCCUGGUACUGAUUUCUUGUGUUUUUCAAUGUUUUCUUUUUUAACUGACUUUAUAAAAUUGUUUGGUAGAAGAUAUAUUUACAAAUAGAAUUUGUUCAUUUAAAUAAUAUAUAAAAAAUCCUCUUCCAACACAAGAAUAUAUAUAAUCAAUCUUAUGAGGAAUUAAGUGAGUUUGUAGAUUAUGAUAGUAAAUUUCAUAUAACCAAUCUGAAUCUUUAAAAAUUUUGGUUUUGAUAUUAUUUCUUAAGGUUUUGACUUAUUUUUAUUUAUUGUGUUUACGUAACAUUAAGACCAAGGUGGCAGCUUGAAGCAGACUGAUAAUGUAAUGAAGGAUUUUUAAUAAAAAAAAUUAGGCAUUAUUUUUUAUACAGCUAGCUUUCACACUUAAAGAAAACGCAACAACUUUUUGUUAAUAACUUUGGAUUACAUGCCACUUUGUAACAUACAAUUUUAAUGUUGAAUCAAACGUUCGAAACAGGAUAGAACAAAAAAAUAGGUAAUCAAAAAUUAACUGUAUAUAUUUGUAUAAAUUUCUGUUACCCAAAGUUUAUAUUGGGUGUUGUUCAACAGCAUUUAAAACUGAUAAUUAUUAUUAUUAAUAAUAAAUGAAUAGCAUUUUUAUGUCAAUUAUUCAUUAUAUGCAUUUAUAUACAAGUUUUGUGCCAUUUAAGAGACAAUUUCUUUUGAUAUUUUUAAGUUGAGAUAUAGUGAUUUUUAUGAGGCUUAUUUUUUAUGUUACUGUACUACACAGUAUAAAUAUUAUUCCAGUGAAUUUUCAGAAACUUAACGUAGCGUUAUUUUGUUUAUUUACUUCUUAAGGAAACGGUAGGGAACAGAAAUACCGUAUGGUUGAAAAAAAAAACCGUCAGAGUGGUCUCUGAAACGACAAUCCAUGACAAUUUCAAAGGCUACUGUGGCGCCGUUUUUUAAUCUACGGUAUAUAUGCUGUGUGUUUGAAACUAUGAGCCACACAGUGUGUAAUUUACUAGAUAUUUAAGAUUAGUUUACUGGCCACUAAAAUAUUUUCAUUUAUAUUUCACAAAGUUUUACUGAGGGUUUUAAAAUUUGUUACAACGAUUUGUCAAAACAAAUAAUAACUUGUGGUCUUGACGCUUUUGCUUUUUACUUGUUAUUUUUGUAUUUAUAAGUAUGUUUUUUUGUAUCUUAACUAACCUUAGUCUUAAAAAAAUUAUAUAAAAUGAAUCUCCCCAUUUGUACUGAACCUAAACAUAAAAGAAUUUUAUGUUUUAAGACCAAAGUUAAUGUAAUAUUCUAGUCACAAUUUAAAGUAAGCGUUUCUUUGCACAAUGAAUCUUAUCAUCUCGAAUCUACGAUCACCUCUUACAUUUUUCUUUUUUUAUGUAAAUCACAUUAACUUUAUUACUUUAAAUAAAUCUAUAUAUUGUAAUUUGCUAA